GUGGAUUACUCGGAUUACUCAUAAUCGAUAAUCCUAUGGUCUUUCCCAAUCCCAAUGCUCAUUUCAAAUAACCGCGCGUCAAAAAAAUCAGGCAAGAUGGCGGAAAAAACACGAGCUGCCAAUGCGAAGAAAAAAGAUAAAACAGCGGCAGAAUUGAUGUCGGAACUCGCUGCUUUGCUAGACAAGGAUGAGAAGGAAAAGAAAGAGAAAAAGAGAAGCAAUAAGUCUGUUUUCUUCGAGCGAUGCCCGACUACAGGGGAGCGUGUUUAUUUCUCGAAACGUCGAAAACAGACGAAGUCAAGGCGAAGUUUAGCAGUGCCAUCCUCAUCUCAACAUCAUGAUCAAGGGAAAACUAGCGCGGAAAAUGUUGAUGAUGAUAUUAAUACAGUAACUGAUCAAGAAUCGGUGUAUCAUUAUACGUGGACGACGACAGAUUGAGCACCUUAUCAUUGUAGAUAAAUCAUGUGGAAAUUGGUAAUAAUGUCGUUCCCACGACUAGUGCAAUCCAGACUAAUUGAUUGCUACAAUUAUUAGAAAUUUAAUGUAUAAGAUGCAAUGUCUUGCUUUUUUACACCAAUUUGAGAAUGUGAUAAAACAUCCAAGGAAAAAAGCGCAAAUGGCAAGGAAUUUGAUACAGCCAGCAGUUGUUGUUUUAGCGGCGGGCGCACACGAGUAUGUCGUAACUCUGCGAAUUCAAAAUGCUGCCUAAUUUAGUAAUAUCUCUUAUAUCAAGUCAAAUUGCAUAACGGGAA